GAGAAGAAGACAUUUUCGGAGUUUAUUAUUUUAUUUUUCUACAGUGUGUCAAAUUUAGAACGGUGAAUUUUGGUUACUUACCGGUGGUUUGACAUCAAAUGUCACUGGAGUGUGUUCGAGCAACACAUAAAUAUUCAGCCGAUUGUAGUAAAUUUAUUUGAAAUUGUAUAGCAAAUCGCCUGAUUGCUGUUUGCUUAAAACAAUAUAUUAUGUAAACAUAGCAAUAAUAUCGAAACGAUACCAUGCCAAGGAAGAAGUUUUAUUUUGACAUUUCUUCUAGUAUUUAUAAAAUUGGAUGAUUUUUGUAUUUUAUACUGUGUGUAAAACAGACAAUGGCGUCAGAUAAAGGAUUUUAUGCUGGUACCCGAUCUUUUGCAUGGUUGGCAGAACUUACACAUUUACCAAUCGAUCAGGUAAAUUUUCUAGUUUGUCAGUUUACUGCCCUGGGAUUUGCUGUAUUAUAUAGAAAAGCAUUUUGUCCUCAGAAAGUUUCAAGUGAUAUUCGUCAUGUUGUUGCAUUAACUAUAGGUUUUGGCUUAGGAUAUUUUUGCUUUGGAUACCAGAUAUCCCAUUUGCUUAUGCAAACUACACUGAGCUACCUUAUUAUGAAUUAUGUUAGUCCUCAAAUUAUGCAUCGAUUAGUGCUUUGCAUGUCCUUGAUUUAUCUUUCAUCCAUGCAUUUAAUGAGACUGACUUAUGACUAUGGUGGUUGGACAGUAGAUGUCACAGGGCCUUUGAUGAUUACAACUCAAAAGGUUAGCAGUUUAGCAUUUAGUCUUCAUGACGGUCUGUGUCAGAGUGAAGAGAAAAUGACUCCAGAGCAGAGGAGACGAGCUGUUAGACACAUUCCAACUGUAUUGGAGUUUUUUAGUUAUAUCUUCCAUUUUCAAGCUCUUAUGUGUGGUCCUCUAGUUUUUUACAAUGAUUACAUUGAUUUUGUUGAAGGGAAAGGCUAUGUUAAAAACGUUAGCCCUACUGUGGUGGUUGUACGUAAAUUAGUGGUUAGCAUUUUUUGUGCUCUCUUCUUAAUAACUAUUGUGCCAUUUUUCCCCAUUACUUAUCUACAAGAUCCCAAGUUCCUAAACAAUACUCCAUGGUAUUCAAAACUGCUGUAUUUGCUACUUGCCACUUCAGUUGUAAGGUCCAAAUACUAUCACGCUUGGCUACUUGGAGAAGCAGUAUGCAAUGCUUCUGGAAUGGGUUUCAAUGGCUAUACUCCUGAGGGGCAACCUAAAUGGGAUCUAAUGUCUAAUGUGGACAUUAUAAGAUUUGAAUUAUCUUUGAAUUUUCGAGAAACAUUGGAAACCUGGAAUAAGUCAACACAAAUGUGGCUUCGAUUUAUAGCAUAUGAUAGAGCUCCUUCACACAAAACUUUUUGGACAUAUGUUUUAUCUGCUUUAUGGCAUGGGUUUUAUCCUGGCUAUUAUUUCACUUUCCUUGGUGGAGCUAUUUUUACCUUAGCUGCUAGAUCUAUACGACGUAGCAUUCGACCAUUAUUUCAAGGAAAAAGAUCAACAGCAAGAUUGUAUGAUGUUAUAACAUGUAUUACAACAAGAUUUGCUCUAGCCUACAUUGUUUUUCCUUUCAUACUUCUUGAAUGUCAUGCAUCACUUGCUGUUUAUGUGAAAUUGUAUUUUGCUGGUCAUUGGUUAGCACUUGCAGCGAUCUUCUUGUUGCCAUACUUUGUUCCAGCAGUAGUGAGAACUAAUCCUGUUGGCAAUAAAAAAGACCACAAAGUAGAUUAAUUAAUCUUCAAUAAAUAUAAGACAUUAAAGAAUUAUUUUUGUGACAACGAUUCUUUUACUAAAGUUUUGAGUCUGCACAGAUUUCCAGAGAGUUAUUGCAUUGAAAGAUACCUUUUCUUCGACAUUUUAGAUUGACUUUUUCUUAAAGAAAACCUAAUCUUUUAAUGGGAUCAGACAUUUAAUAUAGUUUUUAAUAUAUUUCUAGUGUGGAUGUAGCUGAACACUGCGGAAAAUUCAUAAUAUUCCAAAGUUAGGCAUUUACAUAUAAUAAGGGAACACUUUGUACUUACAUUUGAUCCUCAUAUCAUGUUUCCAUAUGAUAUUUCUUAGUGAAGAUAAGGGGUUUUAUAAAUUCAUAUUGUUGUAUUGUUACAUUUUUAAGUUGAUUCUUAAUAUUCAUAUAAAAUUGAAUGAUAUGCAAAUAAAAUUGUAUAUGUGUAAUAAUAAAUUUAUGAUUAUUAAUGAAUUGAAUGUACUUCAUUGUUUAGGUUGUGCGAUAUGUUUACUUAAAGUUUUCUGCUUUAUUACUAACAUACUUAAAUGACUAUGAAGGGUGUUUUUAUUUUAUUUCUGUUUUAUGUUUUAAAAGAUGUGAUGCUCUUUAUUUGCUUACAUUCGUAAUAUAUUUUGUUUGUAAAUAAAUAUGUAUUUGCUUCACUAUCCAUAGCUAAAUUUAAUAUUUUGCAAAUUUAUCUGUUAAUUAUACAAUUUAUUGUUAGUUCAUCUGAAAAUUAAUUUCUCAACUAAGUAUAUUUGUUAGAUUUUAUAAUAUAAAUCUAUUUUCUUACUUAAAAUUUAUGGAAUAUGUUUUUAUACUUCAUUUUUUUAUGUCUUAAUUUAUUUGUAAUGAAUAUGCUAAAUUUUCUGCAUCAUUUUCAUUUGUAUUGAUAUCCUUCUUCAAUUUCAAUUUCUAAACUUGAUAGUAUAUUUAAUUACCAAUUCACAGAGUCUCCUUAACUUUUUAAAUUAAAAUCUAUACAUAAAUUUUAGAUUUUGAUUUUUGCUGCAAUACCCAUUUUAAGAAGUAAGAAUUUAAGAAAUUCGAACAUUUUGUGUCCUCAUUUUGUAAAUGAGAAAUUAUGAAAUAUUUACCCUCAACAGUAUUAAAGUCAAGCUGUUAAGGCAUAUAUACAUUUAAAACUAAAUUUUUGUACCUACUUUCCUCUACAAAACCUGUGCAGUUUUUUUUUUUUUUAUUCAUAUAUACAUAUUUCCUGUGAUUAAAUUCAAAUUUCUAUAGCCAUGAGUUAAAGAUCAUUACUCAAUAAUAUAAAAAUAAAUGUUUUUUAAAAAUCCAGUAUUCUUAAUCAUUCUGUAAUCAUGGAUUGUGGUCAAACUGUAUAAAAUGAUUAUAUGAGUGUGGAUAUAGUCUUCAAGUCAUCCAUUUCAGUGGUCUCAUAAUUGUAGUCAAAAAUGUGUGUUGUAUAUAAAUUAUAUCAAUAUUUUGUGACCAUAAUGUUACUAGUUUUCCUUUUAGUAUAAUAAGGUGCUGUUUUCCCCCUUUUCCUUUUUAUUUACAAUGUUUGUGUUGUGUAAAACAUCUUCCACUUUUCCAAGCAAGAAGCAAUUGAGUCAGUCUUAAAAAUCAUCACGUUUAGAGAACUGGGCUGAGUAAGUUAUGCAAUAACUAAAUUUUGAAAGUAAAAAGCAUUUUUUUAUCUUUUAAAAUCAUUUGAUUGCUAAUAAAUUUGUAAAAAAAAAUUUGCUUAUAUUUAUUUUCACGUCAUUUUUUUAUCUGAAUGAUUGUAAAACGAAUUUUUUAUUAAAUGAGUGCUGUCCCGUUAUCUUAAGUAAAUUUUAUUUAUUUUAUAUCCUGGAUUUUUAUAUUAAUUUUAGAAUAUUGCAACAUUUCUUCAGUUGCAUUUAAAUUGAGCUUUAUUUACUUUGUCAAAAAAGUUAUUUCAAAAAUGCUUUGCAUCAUGUGCAUUUAGUAUUGUUUGUAUUUUAAUAAUGCAUCUAAGAAUUGGUUACAAUAAAGCUGACAGUUCAUGGAAAACUAUGAAUAUAUCAGUGUGUAUUCUUAAAUAAUCCUAAUAUUAACUGAAUAUUUUUUUAAAUGAUGUGUUUGCCCAAAUUUAGUUUUAGAGAUUAAUGUUCAGUGCUGCUUAUAAUUAAUAAAAGAAUAGCUUCAUGAAAUCUCUUCUCCAUUUAAAAGAAAGCAUGUUUUCCAAAAAAAGUAAAUAAUUUGGGUAUUUUAAGUUUGCAUUAAUAACAAUAAUUUUGAUUUAUUCCGGGAAAUUCAUUCUGUUUCUCUUUUAUAAGGCCCCGUAAUUUGAUUCAAUUUUAUUUUUUUUAGCAACUUUCCUAAACAUUAUUGAACUGAAAUAAUCAUGUAGUCAUCUGUCAUCAUUGUAUGUAUUCAAUUUUGUAGUCAUCUAAUCUUUCUCAACAAAAUAAAUUUCAAAAAUGUGUUACAAAAAUUGAAAUAAUGUGAAAUAAUAAAUGAGUAUAGGGAGAAAUUAGUGAACGAUUUAUAAAUUGAAGAAUUAUUAAAGAUUUAUUGCAAAAUUUAAAUAAUGCUUUAAAUUUCUGACUUCAAUGUACUGAUGUAUUAUGCCUGUAAAAUGACAUGAUUUUAUUAUGUUCAUUACUAUUAACAUGAUUUUAUUAUGUUCAUUACUAUUAACAUGAUUUUAUUCAUGUUUUCAAAUGCUUUGCUAUAUUAAUCUACUUGUUCAUUUAUAAAUCUAAUAUUUGUGUCAUUUUAUUUUUUUAUUUAGUAUGUGUUUUUAAAAUAUGCAUUAUAAUUUACUAUUUAUCAUUUAAUUUGCAUCAUCCAUCUUAAUUUCUUCUUUUUCUCAAAAAGGCUGAAUAGAAUGUCAUACUUACAAUCAAUUUAAAUGUGUCACCAUGUGAAGACACAAAAAUUGCAACCAUAUAGCACUUUGUAUUUUGCAAAAGCAUAUCCUCUGUAUAAAUAUAUAUUAAGUAAUUCGAUAUGCUGAAACAAACAUUGUAUUAAGAAAACAUGCUUGCUAAGCACUUCUAAAAUUUUCUUCUGCAAGUUUGUUAAUUAGUGAAUAUGAAUUAUAUUUUUCCUUAAUAUAUUUUUCUGAAACAACCAUUCUUUAAAUCCUUGAUUUUAAUGCAAUGUGUAAUUUAAAAAAUCUUAUCUUUUGCAUUUUUCUUUUUUGUUUUGAGGGCAAGAUGUUGCACAGUGAAUGAAUGCAUUUAGUAAACCUGAAGUUGUGAAAACAAUAUCUAAGUGUUGGCCUAACUUAUAUGAAGUAAUUCUCAGACUGUAUAGACCUAGCUUCUAGAGCACUACUGAUAUCAUUUGUUGUUUCUGUGAGUUGUCAGCAUAGUUCUUUGGCUAUAAUAAUAUAUGUAACAAAUUAUUGCAGGUUAUUCUGUUUUAACAUUUACUGUAUGUAUAUAAAUUAUUCUUAUUUUAAUGUUUUUAAAAAUGUAAAAGAUAGGCAUUCACUUUUUAUUUUUCAUCUGUGCCAAAAUGAGUUUAAAUUGUAUAAAACAGUUUGAAAUGUAAAUUUUUAAAACAGUGUUGAACUUAUUAUUUGUUUGUGUAUUAAAGCAGCUUUUGUAAAACCAUUAAAUAUAUGAUACAGCAUUGAAUGCACUGUAAAUGUAAAUCUUACUUCCUGUACAUGCAAAUCCUGUUAUUGUAUGUGUGCAGUGUGUGAUUAUUGGUGUUGUUUAAUGCUUGAUGUUACACAUCAUAAUGUUAUUUCUAUGAUCUGUUUAGUUUUCAAUUUAUAUAUUUAAAUGAAUUCUCCACAUAAAGAAUGCCUGGAAUUUAUCAGUAUGUAUAAAGCAUGUUCAAGAUGGCUAUAUCUUCUAAAAGAUAAAUUGUUCACUGAAAAUGCAUCUGGAAAAUUUUAAUAUUUUAGCAUUUGUUUAUUGUGUAAUGUUCUUUAAUCAAAAAAAAAUUGUAAGCAUUUGUAUUUUUAAUAAUCCUUAUAUCAUUUGAAUGGUGUUAGAAAAUAAACUAAUAUGCAUUGUUUGAUAUUAAACAAGCUCAUUUGAGAAAAAACCAGCCUUUAGAUUUAUUUACUUACAAAUUUAAUACAUGUAUAAAAUUUCAUAUUAUGUAGAUUUGAGUUAACUUCCUCGGAUGUAUUAGUAUAUUGCAAGCUCUUGAGAUACAUGAAGAUCUCUUUAAAAUUAAAUAUAUCUUAAUUUCAAAUCUAUAGGAUAUUUUCUACUUAAGUUAUCUCUCAUAAAAUAUUUUAAAGAAAUGUUUAUUUUCGUCAAUAUCUUGCACAUUGAUUUUAUUCUGAUUUUUUUUUUUUUUUUUCUCAUUCCCUUAAGUUUGUUCUUAAUGUAUACUGCAUUUAUAUAGAUGUAACUUUUAGUUUCUGUGAUAUAUUUGGGCUCUUUAACUGUUAUAGAUGAGCUAUUUAUUUGAGAUGUGCUAUAAAUUUUGGUUUGAAAAGUUGACAUGAUAUAUAUAUUGUGUGGUGUAUUGAAAAAUAAAAUAUUUUCAUAGAUGUUUUGU